GGAUGUUUUGUUAAGAAUAUGAGUAUACAUGCACCUCUUGAAGAGCCCCUUUUGAAGGAUGAAGCUAGUGUAAGCAACAACAAUUCCGAUUCUAAUGAGAUUUUAACAAGUUAUUCCAAGGCUGGAUUUUUCAGCAUUCUUACCUUCUCAUGGAUGAGUCCACUAAUAACAUUAGGAAGUAACAAGACUUUAAACCAUGAAGAUCUUCCACUUCUUUCUGCCAAUGACAGUGCUCAUGGAACUUUUUCAACUUUUAGAGAAAAGCUUGAGUUGGAAUGUGGUAAUGUUAGGACUGUGACAACUAUUAAACUCGCCAAGGUGCUGCUCUUAUCGACAUGGAAAGGGAUUCUUAUAUCUGGCGUAUAUGAAUUCGUGUACGUAUGUGCUACUUAUGUAGGACCCUACCUUAUUGACAACCUUGUUCAAUAUCUCAAUGAUGAAAGCAAGGCUAAAAAUGAAGGAUAUGUUUUGGCUACGAUGUUUGUUGUGGCGAAACUUGUUGAGUGUCUCUCGCAAAGGCAGUGGAUGUUUACGUUUCAACAGGUUGGCGUUAGGAUGCAAUCAAUGAUUGUGUCAAUGAUCUAUGCUAAAGGUUUGACACUUUCGUGUAAAUCAAAAGAGGAGCAUAGCAGUGGCGAAAUCAUCAACUUAAUGACAGUUGAUGCUGAGAGGAUAGGUGAAUUUUGUUGGUAUAUGCAUGAUCUAUGGAUGGCUGUUCUGCAAGUUUCUCUGGCUUUGUUUAUUCUUCAUAGAAGCGUCGGGGUUGCUUCAGUAGCUACUUUUGCUGCAACUGUUAUUGUGAUGUUGCUAAACCUUCCUAUGGCAUCCUUACAAGAGAAGUUCCAAGCUAAGUUAAUGGAGUUCAAGGAUAAAAGAAUGAAGGCAACGACUGAGAUUCUAACGAACAUGAGGAUUCUUAAACUUCAAGCGUGGGAGAUGAAGUUCUUAUCAAAGAUUAUUCAGCUUAGGAAGUUAGAGGAGACGUGGCUAAAGAAGUUUCUUGUUGGUACAGCAAUUGUUAGAUUUCUCUUCUUUAACGCCCCAACGUUUGUUGCGGUGAUCACUUUCGGUGCUUGUGUUCUUCUAGGCAUUCCACUUGAAACAGGAAAGAUCUUAUCCGCUCUUGCAACGUUCAGAAUUCUUCAAAUGCCUAUCUAUAACUUCCCUGACACGAUUUCGGUGAUGGCAGAAACCAAGGUGUCCCUCGAUAGGGUUGUUGCUUUUCUUCGUCUAGAUGAUUUACAGACUGGUGUAGUGGAGAAGUUUUCGCGAGGUAGUUCUGAUAUAGCAAUUGAAAUAGUAGAUGGAAAUUUCUCUUGGGAGUUAUCUUCUGAUUAUACUACGUUGAAAAACAUAAAUCUUAGAGUUUUACACGGUACGAGGGUCGCUGUUUGUGGCACUGUUGGAUCGGGCAAGUCUAGUUUACUUUCUUGUAUAAUAGGCGAAAUACCGAAGAUAUCUGGACUUGUGAAGGUGUGUGGAAAAAAGGCUUUUGUUGCUCAAUCAGCAUGGAUACAAAGUAGCAAGAUCGAAGAGAACAUACUAUUCGGGAAAGAGAUGGAUAGAGAAAAAUACGAGAGGGUGCUAGAAGCAUGUUCUUUGAAGAAAGACCUGGAGGUUUUACCAUUUGGUGAUCAGACCAUUAUUGGUGAGAAGGGAAUUAAUUUGAGUGGUGGACAGAAAGAAAGAGUACAAAUCGCCCGUGCUCUUUACCAAGAUGCCGAUAUAUAUCUACUCGAUGACCCCUUUAGUGCUGUUGAUGCUCAUACAGGUUCCCAUCUCUUUAAGGAGUGUUUGCUUGGCCUUUUGAAAACAAAAACUGUGAUAUACAUAACACAUCAAGUCGAGUUCUUACCUGACGCGGAUCUGAUACUUGUCAUGAAAGAAGGAAGGAUAACUCAAUCAGGAAAAUACAAGGGCAUUCUUACAUCAGGAACCGAUUUUAUGGAACUUCUUUUAAUUAUAGGCGCGCAUAGAAAAGCAUUGACUUCGGUUAAGUCUUUAGAGAGAAGGCCUACAUUUAAAACAUCGAGUAUUACCGGAGAAGACACAGGUUCAUUACGCGAUUUUGAACAUGAGCAAGAAGUGGAAAACAUAGAGGAUCGAAACGGAAAGCUUGGUGAAACAAUUGUGGUACCGAAAGGUCAGCUUGUUCAAGACGAAGAACGUGAAAAGGGAAGUGUUGGGUUGAAAGUGUUCUGGAAAUACAUAACAGCUUAUGGAGGAGCUCUUGUACCUUUCCUAUUUCUUUCACAGAUACUCACUGUGGUUUUACAAAUUGCAAGCAACUAUUGGAUGGCUUUGGAAACUCCUGUUUCAGCAACUGCGGAACCUGAUAUUGGAAGCUUUACUCUGAUGGUUGUCUAUAUUUCUUUGGCAAUAGGAAGUUCCUUUACCACCCUUGCCAGAGCAGUUCUUGCUGCGAUAGCAGGAUACAAGACCGCCACCAUGCUCUUCAAUCAAAUGCAUUUGAGCUUCAUUCGCGCUCCAAUGUCAUUUUUUGAUUCCACCCCAAGUGGAAGAAUUCUUAAUAGAGCUUCGACAGACCAAAGUACAGUAGAUAUGAGUAUUUCAAGUCUAGCGUGGGGACUUACCUACAAUCUGGUUCAGCUCUUGGGAAUUAUUGCUGUGAUGUCUCAAGCUGCAUGGCAGGUGUUCAUAGUAUUGAUUCCUGUCAUGGCAGCAUGCAUAUGGUACCAGCUGUUCUACUCAGCAUCAGCACGGGAAUUGGCGCGAUUAACUGGUAUAUGCCAAGCUCCGGUUAUACAACAUUUUUCUGAAACAAUUUCUGGAUCAACAACCAUAACCUGUUUUGAGCAAGAAUCAAGAUUUAAUGAAACGAAUAUGGAACUGAUAGACAAAUACUCCCAACCUAAAUCAUACAGUGCCAGCGCGAUGGAAUGGUUGAGUUUCAGAUUGGAUCUUUUAUCCUCUACCUUAUUUGCUUUCUGCUUGGUUUUCUUAGUAUCUUUUCCAAGUUCAAUAUUCGAUCCUCGCAUUGCGGGAUUGGUUGUGACAUAUGGGAUUAAUAUAAAUGCUGUACAAUCUAGUUUGAUUUCGAUUCUUUGCAAUUUGGAGAACAAAAUUAUAUCAGUAGAAAGAAUACUUCAGUACACCUCCAUCCCAAGUGAAGCACCUCUUGUAAUAAAAGAAAAUCAACCAGAUCAUUCUUGGCCCUCAUUCGGAGAGGUUCAUAUCCACGAUUUACAGGUCCAAUAUGCCCCUCACUUGCCUCUUGUUUUACGCGGACUUACAUGCACUUUUACUGCCGGAGCAAAAACUGGCAUUGUGGGAAGAACAGGAAGUGGAAAAACAACUCUAGUGCAAGCACUCUUUCGACUUGUUGAGCCUGUUGCAGGAAAAAUAUCAAUAGAUAGCAUCAACAUCUCAUCGAUUGGAAUCCAUGAUUUACGGUCUAGAUUAAGUAUAAUUCCUCAGGAUCCAACAAUGUUUGAAGGGACUGUAAGAAGUAACCUCGACCCGUUGGAAGAGUACACAGAUGAACAAAUAUGGGAGGCUCUUGGUAUGUGCCAACUUGGAGAUGAAGUGAGAAAGAAAGAAGGAAAGCUUGACUCUCAAGUAACUGAGAAUGGAGAAAACUGGAGCAUGGGUCAAAGACAGUUGGUUUGCCUCGGCCGAGUUUUACUUAAGAAAAGCAAGAUAUUAGUGCUUGACGAAGCGACUGCAUCAGUUGAUACAGCGACCGAUAAUAUUAUUCAGCAGACAGUUAAGCAACAUUUCUCUGAUUCCACAGUCAUUAUCAUUGCUCACAGAAUAACUUCCAUACUCGAUAGCGACAUGGUUUUGUUUCUCAGCGAUGGACUUGUUGAGGAAUAUGAUUCGCCGAAGAAGUUGCUUAAGGAUAAAUCGUCGUCUCUUGCUCAAUUGGUUGCAGAAUACACAAGGAGAUCAAACACUGGUUUUGGAAGUUGAGAGGUGAAACUGAACAGAAAUUAAACUAGACUAGAAGUUAUAAGUUUGAAAG